GGAUAACCGUGUUCGGUGGUCUGCCUCCUCCCCGCGAGGCUGGCGCGGCGCAUUAUACCCUCGCGCUCGAGGCAGGAAUGGCGGCAUUGGCGAUUGGGGGACGGUGCCGAUCUGAAUGAUCCACAUGGACUUGAGGGUGAUUGUGUUCAUGCUUUUCCUGCUUCUGCCCAAGUGUGGGGCCUGCGACCAAAACCACAAGGAGGUCACGGACGGCUGCUUGGCCCGGAAGGGCGACCCGCCCGAGGGCCUGGAACGGCCUCGGCUCAUGGCCGCGGCGCGCCGCCAGGGGCCCGAGGUGGGGCAGGGCCGCCCAGUCGAGGUGAUCCACCAGAGCGACGUCAAGUGCAAGGCUUGGGCCCAGCGGCGGCGGAUGCGGGGCCACGCGCUGCCGGAUGGGCAGGAGCGCGCCGGAGGUGUGCCGCCGCACGAGGCGGUCGCUCAUCAUGAGGCGGCGGGGCGAGCGGCUCCUCCCCCCGGCCGCCGCGGCACCCCGGCUCGGCCCCUCAUCCUCGCUCCUCGCUCCUCCUCCUCCGCGCUUCCCGCUUCCCGCUUCCCGCUUCCCGCUCCUCCUCCUCCUCCUCC